AUCGACAAAAUCAAUUCGACCGCCAGAGCACCGACCGAUCAACCGAACGCCAACUCUCAAUAUCCAUGUCGUGAAUGCAAUAAAGUAUUUAAUAGACAAGAGCGAUUGGCGUCACACAUGGCGUCUCAUCGGCCCCAUCGCUGUACAAUCACUAACUGUGGAAAAGAGUUUAAAUUUAAAGCACAUUUGGCCCGACAUUGCGCUACUUCUCAUGGGUUAGCGAUGAGAUCUGGAAGUCCCCGACCAAUCAUGAAGACUAGGGCCGCCUUUUACUUGUGCGCAACUCUGGCCGCACGUGUGGCCCGACGUCUUUGCUCAAAGGUCUUGAGACCACGACACGCGACACGCAAUCCGUUUUUGCCCAUUAAUAUUAAUGCCAUUCGUAUCGAAUGUGCGACAAAGUUUGCGAAUGGCAUUCCACCCAUGCCUAAGACAAAGCCCAUCGAAAGGGGAAAUGUUCGCACCAUUUCCCAUAGA